CUUGUCUACCACUUUCUGUUGGUACGAUUGUAAUCUCUGUCGGUGCCUUAGCCUUGGACCAUCGUUCUCGAACUUCCAGCUGUAGAUUACUAGAUUCACUGCCACGUCGCACGAAGCAAGUAAGAAAUAUUAUUUCAUGCGACUCGACGUAUUGAGUUUUUAACGGAAGAAUCGUUGGAAUAGUAAAAAAUUACACGACAGCCAAUACGCCAUGCCGCGGUCAGCUGUAUUCAGCAGUCUCCUGGGAACAAGGGCAAUCGGGUUGGCAGCAUGGCUUCUGCUGGCUUCAGCUGGUGCCAUGUGCGACUCGAUCUGUGAUCAACUGCAUGCGCAGUUUGCGGCUAAUAAUAAUGCGGUCGCUGGUGCUCAUAAUACGAUCAUCGAGUUAGACUGGCCUCAAACCGAUGAGCUGGAACGGGAUAACUCGUAUCUGGCUGCUGACACUUGUCGUAACUCAAGCAUGGCGGCGCAGCGUUUGAUAGACUUUAUAAGUCGAUGCCCAAAUGAUGGGAGGAUCAAGUGGAUGUCCGAGAAGUACUUAUGGCAGUACAGUGCAUCCUUCCUGGCUCUGGCAAAACUGUGCGACCUGUCAACAACGCCUCUCCGCUUCCUACAGGCCACUGGUUACUGCGAAUGGAAACUACGAUCGGUUGGGUUACAAUGGAUGUCUGGUGUCUCCGUCUACGAAUUCAACAUAACCACUGCUGCGGAGGCGAAAGACCACACUUGCAUUACUAUUCAACGAAUUUUGGCGCGCCUAAGCGAUCUCGCUUACAUAUCCCAAAUGACCGUCGCGUGUGGCACGAGGGCCGUUGUUACUAUCAAGGAGACCUAUCAGCUGCUCCAUACCAGCAUAUGUCAACUUAUGAUUUAGCGGGCGUCUCUGGCACGAGUAUGUUUUCAUUGCAAAUAGGUACAGCAAAACUUGCAUAACAUAAUGACGGAACUGAUUAUCCCGGUUUAUUGUUUCGACUCUAGUCUGCAAUAAAGAAGCGUCAUAGCAGCCG